AUGGCUACGUUCAACAGAUAUCUUCUCACGUCUAUUCAUGCCAUAAUAUUAAUCUUCACCAGCUUCACACUCUCAGAGCCUGUUCAAUAUUGCCGGUUCGGAUACAAUGAACAUGGACCCUCAGAGGUUGACUUUUGCAUGGGUGUCGUGAUGCACUACAAUGUCUCUUCACAGAAUCACGAUAUGUACCUAACGAUGGAGGUCCCUCGAAUGUCUUCCCUGGGAUGGACUGCGAUCGGUACGGGUUCCUCUAUGACAGGAUCAUUGAUGUUUAUUAUUUACGGAGACCCCUCCGAUGAGCACGGUCCGGUCGUCAGUAUCCGCACUGUUAAAGGUCACCAUCAACCCAAAUUGGUUUCCCAGAGCCAAAUGGGCGGAUCAGAUCUUCGUGUGCUCCAGGCAUCUUGGAUGCCCAGCCCUCGUGGUAUGGAAGCUGCGAAAAUAGCUUUAGUGUGCUAUUCGUGCGAAAAGUGGCCAGGUGCUCCGAUCUCCGCCCAAGCUUCAUCCCAGCCGUGGAUUUGGGCGUGGAACGAUAAGCAAAACAUUAAAGUCUACUCGUACGAUGUCCACUUGAGUAUGCAUAAGCACCAUGCCAGUAGUGGUGGCUGGGGAAAUUUCUACGUUGACAUGGCGCGAUCCGUUAGCACGACCACCGACCCACCAUCUUUACCUCCGCUCAGAGUCGGUGUCGCUCGAUUAGGAACGUCUGAUAGUCCUAUGACUGCUGGCGGUAUGGUCAACUUCAUGAAAGAGAAUCCGAUACCUUCUAUACACGGUUUUGUAAUGGUUGUCUCCUUUUUCAUUCUCUUCCCACUUGGUACUGCCACAAUACGUUCUGGGUCUGGAAAUGCAUACAAAUAUCAUUGGGCCCUCCAACUAGCUGCGAGUCUAUGCGCCUGGUCUGGUAUAAUUAUGGGACUCUUUAUGAAUCAUCGCUUGAGCACUGUCCAUCAAUGGAUUGGCAUAUGUCUAGGGUCGUUCCUCUUCAUCCAGAGUUUGCUGGGCUGGCAACACCAUCGGGUCUUUGUUCGAAUACGUCGUCGUCAAUGGGCUUCAUAUGGCCAUAUCUGGCUCGGACGCCUUACACUUAUUCUUGGCUGGAGCAAUAUUAUCACUGGCAUGUUAUUUUCAAGGUCCAGCAUGACAUGGAUAGCUUCGAUGGCAAGUCUUAUUACCGUGAAUGCAUUUGUCCUAUCAUUUUGGGUUUGGCGGGCCUCGAGACGCCAAUCUCGUACCAAAGAGGAUGUCGCCGAUGAAACCGCUGCCCAAGUGGCGUUGCCCGGGCCAAAAAAUGGUGAUUAUUUUGCACUGGGGACAAUUGACGAAGACGAAAAUAGUGAUUCAGAGGAUGGGAAUAAAAAGCAUAAAAGUGGACGUAAGCUCUACGACCCGGUUGCUGAGAAUACCGGGCAAUGA